CUGACUUAACUCGCGAACGUAACUCGCGAAUUUAGCAGCGUCGAUGGAUUUGCUGGCUGUACUCAAAAGACUUGCUCGUUGCUUCCUGCGCACACAUUGACAGCGAUCCUUAGGCUCUCCUUUUGCUGCAAGUUAUCUACCUGAAGGCUCCGGGUGCAUCGCACAACAUCCAUUAUGGUGGCGCCACCGAUCAACUUCCCGCGCUGGAUCAAGGAGAACAGGCACAAGCUGCAGCCUCCGGUCGGCAACUUUUGCUUAUUCCAGUCGGACGACUACACAGUAAUGGUCGUCGGUGGACCGAAUGCAAGGUCUGACUACCACUACCAGCCAACGGAAGAGUUCUUCUACCAAGUAGAAGGUGGAAUGUUGCUCAAGAUUGUCGAAGAUGGCAAAUUCAAAGAUAUUCGGAUUGAAGAGGGAGAAAUGUUCAUGCUGCCGGCGUACACGCCGCACAGCCCUGUACGGUUCGAAAAUACGGUCGGACUCGUCAUCGAGCGGACGCGGCCGGAGAACUGCCCAGAUGAGAUGCGAUGGUACUGCCCCAACAUAACAGCACAUCCGGAACCGACGAUUAUCAAGCGGAGCAGAUUCCAGUGCACAGACUUGGGGUCGCAGCUCAAGCCGGUCAUCGACGAAUGGAUCAAGGAUGUUCCUGGGCGCAAAUGUAAGGCCUGUGGUCGCACGGCGGGGGAGAGGGAGCUGAUAGAUGCUUCAGCGGUGUGAAGAAUGAUGACGGAGAGAUGAAGCGUCCAGCCUCUCUCCCCUUUCCUUUCCUUGGUCCGUAUCGCAUAGUCAGCGCUUCGCAUUUGGAUGCUUUCUUUGUAAAUAGACGAGCCUCAUAGUAGCAUGAUGCGCCAG